AUGAGGUGCCACGCUGCCACCAGCUGCCUCGUGGCUUGGCUGUUUGUGCUGAUCUCUGGAUGCUGGGGCCAGGUGAACCGACUGCCCUUCUUCACCAACCACUUCUUUGACACAUACCUGCUGAUCAGCGAGGACACACCUGUGGGUUCUUCUGUGACCCAGUUGCUGGCCCGAGACAUGGACAAUGACCCUCUGGUGUUCGGCGUGUCUGGGGAAGAGGCCUCUCGAUUCUUUGCCGUAGAGCCUGACACAGGUGUGGUGUGGCUACGGCAGCCACUGGACAGAGAGACCAAGUCUGAGUUCACAGUGGAGUUCUCCGUCAGCGACCACCAGGGGGUGAUCACACGGAAGGUGAACAUACAGGUUGGGGACGUGAACGACAACGCACCCACAUUUCACAACCAGCCCUACAGCGUCCGCAUCCCUGAGAACACGCCGGUGGGGACGCCCAUCUUCAUCGUGAACGCCACGGACCCCGACCUGGGUGCGGGGGGCAGCGUCCUCUACUCCUUCCAGCCCUCCUCCCCAUUCUUUGCCAUCGACAGCGCCCGUGGCAUUGUCACAGUGGUCCGGGAGCUGGACUACGAGACCACGCAGGCCUACCAGCUCACGGUCAACGCCACGGAUCAAGACAAGACCCGGCCUCUGUCCACCCUGGCCAACUUAGCCAUCAUCAUCACAGAUGUCCAGGACAUGGACCCCAUCUUCAUCAACCUGCCUUACAGCACUAACAUCUAUGAGCAUUCUCCUCCGGGCACAACGGUGCGCGUUAUCACCGCUGUCGACCAGGAUAAAGGACGUCCCCGGGGGAUCGGCUACACCAUCGUCUCAGGGAACACCAACAGUAUCUUCGCCCUGGACUAUAUCAGCGGAGCGCUGACCUUGAACGGCCUACUGGAUCGGGAGAACCCCCUGUACAGCCACGGCUUCAUCCUGACCGUGAAGGGCCUAAACAGCAUGUUCGAGGUGUACCUGGUGGGGAACAAUUCCCAGCACUUCAUCAUCUCCCCCACCUCUGUCCAAGGGAAGGCAGACAUUCGCAUCCGGGUGGCCGUCCCCCUGGACUAUGAGACUGUGGACCGCUACGACUUUGACCUCUUUGCCAACGAGAGUGUGCCCGACCACGUGGGCUAUGCCAAGGUGAAGAUCACCCUCAUCAACGAGAAUGACAACCGGCCCAUCUUCAGCCAACCGCUGUACAACGUCAGCUUGUACGAGAACGUCACCGUGGGGACCUCUGUGCUGACAGUCCUGGUGAGUCCUCUUCCACAGGGCCACAGCUCUGGGGAAGACCACGGGGAGGCAGCCAGAGGGCUUGGCCCAAGAAACGUGGGCG